AGCUGGUUCGUGAUCUUCGGUGCUGCACCUUCCCGUACCUCGUGAAGUUUUCGCGCUCGGUUACCUCUCCAACCUCAGUCUUUCUUCAGAUUAGGGAUUUUCAAGCAUGGAUGAAGAAUAUGACUGUAUCGUUCUUGGUACAGGACUCAAGGUUAGUGCUUAAACAUCUCGAAAGUGAGGAAAUUUACUUCUUGAUGUGGCCCUUUAAGCCAUGGAUCCAGUUUCACACCCAUUUCCUUUCCCAGCAAUCUCUAUGAUAUUCGCUGUAAGAAUGAGAUUGGGCCGGUAAGGAUUUAUUAGGAGAAGUUACCUUAAAAUUGUCGGUACUAAGGCAAAUUAGAACUUUCCAUCCAGUAUUGUAUAUCCUAAACGUCGUUGGGAACACAUUGAAUUCAACAAAUCCUCGAUUGGACAUGAAAUUCAAGCCCUACACCUUUGAAACGAUGAAGCAAAAGUGUGGAUGUUUUUUUACCUUGAUCUCAGUUUUGCAAUAAUUUUUUUGCAGUUUUAAUUACAUAAUAACCUUAUUACUACGUUUUCAGAUUUUUUCUGUAUAUUAUCAUUUUCGAAAAUCAGUAUAGCGUCAACACUUACGCUAUAGCACAGCUGCUUUUGCAUUUCCUCUUUUCUUUUCAGCCAUUGUUAUGUAAACAUUAUCUGCAGUACAUCUAUGUCUCUUGAAAAAUGAACAAUUAAACAAUAAUUUUGGACUUGUUUACCUUUGAUCACCUCUGAAACUUUGUGGAGGUCAUGAAAGAACUGUGAUAAUCCAAUUUGCAGAGGACUGAAGUGAUUCAGUAGUUUAAUUCAAGAUGGUAAUUUGUUACACUCAAAUCAGUUAUCUCUGGUGAUGUCUUUAACCCUUCCUUAAAAAAGUGAGAUUAUCUUAUCUUAAGCAAUUUCCUUUUAAACAUCUUGAUGAUACUUUGGUGACCAUUUUUUUUCUAAGAAAGACAUUCUUCAGAGCACCCCCAUUUGCUGCCUCCUCCCAGUAUUAAGUGUUAUUAUAGUUGGUCUGAUCACUGAUCAUUUCAGACACUCACUAUCAACCCUUGAACUCCCAUGAUGAGUGACCUUAACAGAAUUUCAGCAGACAUUAUCAAUAUUAUAUCAAGAAGACAAGUGAUAAGAAUUACUAAAAAUAUCAACUAGUGGAUUUUUAAUUGAUCCAAUACCAAGUUCUCUGAUGAAACACCAUAAGAAUUGUGUGACAGGUAGUAGGGAGAAUUAUUGAGAAGAUCUUGGGAGUGUAAGGUUAACAAAUUGAAGUUACCAACUGCAAUAUUCUUGAUUGUAUUUUCUGUUAUUCAAAUUGCCAACAUCAUCAUCAUUAUUAUUAUUAGUGUUGUUUUUAUUAUUAUUAUUUCUUGGAAUAGUGUUAAAUUUUGAAUACUUUAAAUUUUACAAACCCCUUUGAUAACAUUGUGUACUAAUGAAAUGCAAUUUGUAUUUAAUAGGAGUGCAUAUUAAGUGGAUUUUUGUCAGUGAAUAAAAAAAAGAUUCUUCACAUGGACAGGAAUCAAUAUUAUGGUGGGGAAAGUGCAUCAAUCACACCACUGGAAAAGGUAUAGUUCUUUUAACCCUUAAACUUAAUUCUACCUAUAUUCAUUGUGUUUAGUGUCUUCCCUUGGUUCAAGUUUCCUUUGUUGUUGGAAUGAUAAUUUACAAUAUAGGUUUGAGGUAAAUUUAGGAUACAAAGAAAAAUUACACUUGGAUGUCUCUUAAAAGGGACCCCAGUAUCCAUUUAUGACUGUUCAACUGUAUUAACUCUUCACACCCUAACAUCAGUAUAGAUAUUCUCUAUACUGUUCUCUACACAUUUCUUAAGGUGCUGACAAAGAGAAUUUCUGCAACAAUCAACAGCUUCUUUAGCUGCUGAUCAUUUCCUUUUUUUCUCAUAACCUUACUGCAUGAUUCAGGGGUAAUAUUACAAGUAAAGAAAAAUUUAAUGCUAGUCACUCUUAGGGGUGAAAGGAUUAAAUAACAGUCUCUUGUUCCUUUAGUUCUAUGAACUGUUUGGUAAAACACCUAAACAACUAGGAUCAUCAAAAGAUUGGAAUAUUGACCUCAUUCCCAAGUUCUUGAUGGCGCAAGGUAUGUACAUGUGUUGCCUAUGUGAAGAUGAUAAGAUGGACUAAAUGAGUAUUUUUCAUGCAGUGCUCAAAGCAAGAAUUUUCCUUACCAUAUUUAUUUGAUUAAACGCCACAGUGCAGGGUUUUCAUUUACUUUUGAAGUAGAAGGGCACUGCCUUGUGAGUAGGCCGGUACACUGUAUAAUCGAGGGCCGAAGGCCUGAACCUCUAGGGAGUCUAGGGGAUGCUCCCCCCGGAAACUUUUAAAACUUAAGUCUCCCAGAAACGCACUUUUCUGCAAUCUGGUGAAGAAAUCUUUCUGGAAUGAAGCAUACUUAAUCUGAUUAUAGUAAAAGUAAUGGUAAUCUAAGAAAAUUUGUUUGUUUCUCUACACAGCUAUAGCUUCAUCAAAACACUGCUUUUGUUGUCAGAGCUUCCUUUCUUCUUCUUCUAAAGAGUGAAACUGACAACACUCUUUGUAGUUUAUGAAAACUCAAAGUCAGAGCCGUAAUCAUUUACAUUAAUUCCUUUUGUCACCAUAUAUCACCCAGCAGUUAAAAAUUUAAAACAAAUGUUGAUGGAACACAAGAGUCUGAUACACAAUCAGCCCUCGCUGAAAACAAUUUUUUCAAAACCUCCGAUGGGCUUUAUCUUCAAUGAAAUUAAAUUGGAUCAAAGUUUCUUUCAAUUGUACGGAAUAUUUGAGCUUAAAAGUCAGCUAAAUGUUGGCUUACUAAGAGGCCGUGUCAGCUGAUAAGCAUCUUUUACGGCGACAUUCGUCUCUUGAUGUUUAUUUUAUAUUCUGAAUUUUAUUUCAGAAAAAUAAAAAGUGUUUUAUGAAGAGUUUAAAUGAUGGAAAGCAUAGAUAGCGUACGUAAUUUUUCGAAAAGCCUUUUCACGGCUGUAAUCCAACUAAAACAUAAAUUUAAUUUUUAGGUCAUCGCUCUUGACUUUUCAUGUGCAAACGAGUGCUUGCGUGAGUUUUACUUUUGCUUGCCACGAUCACUCCGCAGAAUGCACUCGAUUUUAUGGCACGUCACGUUUAAGAGUUAUUUAACAGCUAAUUCGGCACUUUAGAAAGAGACAGUUCUAAGAACGCUAUUAGGGACCUUAAGCAGUCAGGACGGCAACGCCAAGGAAGACUUCGUUUAAAAAAUGAAUUACUGCCUAUAAUUUGAAUUUCAAAAAUGGCUGCAUGUGUUUACCGUCUCAUACGAUGCCACACCUCAACUUCAGCAUAGCGUAUCAAAGAAGUGUUGAGGUCCAACUAGAAAUUAAAAUAAUUUGCUGUCGCGGUUUCGGUUCGCAAACGACGCAAAUUGUGGGGAUUUCACAUUGUUGUUUUGCAUUGUACGGCUCAGAAAUGUACAAACGCACGUGCUGAGCUAUUGUUCUGCCUAUUAUAUCUUUUGUUUUUCCAUGUUCUCGUUGCCGUAGCGUGGUUUGCUUAAGGUCCCUAUUGUCGCGCAGCGCCUUUCUCAUCAGAGUAAAUUUUAUUUCCACAAUCUGAUCGCAAGUAAUUGAUAAAUAAGUGCAGAAAAAAUGCUUUAAACUUACAGGGAAGAGUUAAAAUUAAGUUGAAGUUGAUAUUUUUUUUCAUAACUAUUUUCUUUUUUUAAUUUGGUGCUUCAAGUAGCCGGGAACUCUGUUUAAAGUAGACGGGUGCUGGUACCCGGGACCCGGCUUCUAAUAAAAACCCUGCAGUGUUCAUUAAAUUUUUUGGGAUUCAAGUGCAGUGUUUAUUUUAGGGUGGCAUUUAUACAAGGGUGGUGUUUAUUUGAAAUCCAAUUUAUUCCUUGCAAACAAUAGUAUGGUAACUGACCAUUUUCAUUUUAAAAACCAGAAACAUGUUUUAGAGUUUGUCUUAAACGUAAUUUUUUUAUAUUGUUCUAAAUUUCAGAAUUUGCAUGUUAAUACUACUGCAAUUCAUACUGAGUAGAAAGAUCUUGUGUCGGAUAUGUUUUCUUGACAUCAGAACUUGUAAAUUCAAAAGGAUUUGUGUCUGGUUCACUCAAAAUUUUUAACUGCAAUCAGGGCAAUGAUUGCUGUGUGCUUUUUGAGUCUAUUAUGGGAAUAAAUGCCACAUGAUGAUGCCACAUUUAUUCAAAGGCAGCAUUUAUUAAUAUUUCUGCUCUAAAAUGCAGCAUUUAUUUGAGGAAGGCAUUAAUCAACUAAAUAUGGUAUGUCCCAUUCUGGCCUUUGGACAAGUACACUGUAAAUGGAUCAAUGUCAUUGUCUGAGCAACAACCCACCUACCCCUUCCCUUACCCAAAAACAGUCAACUGAUAACAAGUUAAGGGUUACUGUUGGGUUAGGGGAGGGAAAGGUUCACAGUUGCUCAGAUACUGACAUUGAUCCAAGUAAAUUAUACAUUGGUUGCCAAGUAUAUUAUACAAUGGUUGUCAAUUGUAACAUUUUUGGUUGUGUGUCAUGAAAAAAUAAAUCGUGAAAUUGAUGAAAAAAAAUAUGUAGAUGAGUAAAUGAACGAAUUUAGAAAAAGUGAGAAAAAUAGGAGAGAAAUAAACUGUUGACCACACCUCAUGUCUUUGAAUUGAGCAAAGUGGUUGCACAACUAAUCAAAUUAUACUUAGAGGUGAGCAGGACAUCUCAAGGCUCCAUGCACUAACAAUCAAGGUGAAGGAGAUAAAUUUUUAAGAAGCAGGGCAUGGUCAAUAUUUUGUGCUUACAAACAUUUGGUACUGUACCACUUGGGUGUACUGAAACAUAGUCAUAAGUGCUUGUUUUUCAUGGGAAUUAUAUAAGCUUCCAGUGGGUGUUCUUACACGUGUGCAGUAAGAAAUUACAUUGUAAGCCCAUACCUUUGGUUUACUCAUGAAGUCUUAGCUCACCAGUCUAGUGAAGUGGCUUCAAGUUUUUUUGUCAAUAUGCUUUUCCUUUCAUAAGGCCUUUCAAAACGGUCACAAUGAAGUACUGCAACAUUUAGUGUUAACAAGUCACGUUGGUAGGUAUAGCAGUCUUCUCACCCACAAGUCUUUUUGCUAAUGACCUGUUCACUAACAUGUUAGGUUGAAUUCUGUUCUUAGGUGACCUGGUUAAAUAUUUGAUUGAAAGUGGAGUUACCCGCUACCUUGAAUUCAAACAAGUAGAAGGAAGCUAUGUGUAUAAGGAUAAAAAGCUUUUCAAAGUACCAGCAGAUGAAAAAGAGGCUCUCGCAACCAGUCUCAUGGGAAUGUUUGAGAAAAGAAGAUUUCACAAAUUUCUUGUGUUUGCCAACAACUUUGAACCAGAUGAUAGUAAAACAUGGCAAGGUAUGGUAAAUGUUUUUCCUUUUUUAAUUUUAUUUAAUUGUUUACCUGCUCCACCAAGCCCUACAUUGAAGAAAUGUAAAAUGGUUUCCGUGUUUACAUAGCCUGAUGUAAAUACGCGGGAGGUUGGGAGAACACGAGAUAAGCUUAGGAAACCAUGACGCGAAGCGGAGUGGUUUCCAGCUUAUCGAGUGUUCUCCCAACCUCCCAAGUGUUUACAUCAGGCUAUGUAAACACGGAAACCAUUUUACAUUUCUUUUAUAAAAUAACUAAUGAAAGAGGAAUGAAAACCGUGUUUACAUACACUCAUGUAAAAUGGUUUUAUGGCCAAUCAGAGCGUGCAUACUAUUUGAAUUAUUUUAUAAAAUAAAACAUUACAUACAAUGCCAGCAGUAAUUGCAAUACUUAAAAUACUAAUGUUAGUUGCCAUAUUGACUUAAACUAAGAGCAUGAUAAUUUAUUAACAGUGUACAGUUAGCAUUUGGAAAAAAAAAUUUACUUCACUUACACUUUUAACCCUUUAACUCCCAAGAUCUGAUUGUUAAUUCUCCCCUCUAGCUGCUAAAAAUUUCCCUGUCACUUAGUUAUGAGAAUUUGGUGUUAGAUCAAGACAGCAACCUGUACCUGAUAAGUUUGAGAAUUCUCAUUAUCUCUGCUGGAUAAUGUAUGGAUAUUAUAUAGAGAAGUUAUAAGUUAAUCACUCUUGGGAGCUAAAGGGUUAAAUUUACAAUACGUCCUGUGUUAUUUUUAUUUGAGUGCAAGGAGAAAUUAAUUGAGAGAGUGCAAACAACAACGACAACAGCGACAAAAAUAAAUAAAUAAAUGAAAUUAAAAAUUCAUAGGCAGGAGGUUGAGAGGUUACCACACCUUUCCAAAGUAUGUUGAACAUACUUUUGUCAACCAUACUCGUGGUACUGUAGAAGAGAUGCAGUGGCUUAGUGGUCAACUGCACUGGAGUCUGAGUCAAGAGGUCUAAGGUUGAGACCUGGCCAAGCCAAAAUGUUGUGUUCUUGGGCAGAACACUUCACUCUCACAAUGCUUCUCUCUACCCAUGAGUUUAAAUGGGUCACAAAAAAUAGUCAGGGAAGCCUGAUGAAAUGCUGGAGGUGGGGGGGGUAACCUUGGGGUGGGGGAGUGUACUUCAUGCUACUUGGAAACUGAGAUAAGCUCUCUACCUGUGUUGCUUUUCCCACCUUACAAGAAAUGCCCAUACAUGUACAUGUAAGGUAAAGCAGUUGGAUAAUAAAUAACUUAUUAGUCAUUUAAGUGUGUAGUAUUGCCGAUUAGUUUUACUCUUUGUGUGUAUAUAAUACGGCACAACUUGUAAGGAUGCUUAGUGAUACCUAUACCUUUAAAAUUUACCCUUUCCUUAAAUGCCUUUGUCAAAAAAGUAGAAUUUUGUUCUAGGCCUUUUGUUUUAUUUUGUCAGUUGAAUAUCUUAAGAAUGUUUGUUCCCUAGCUAAAUUGACUGUCUCUCUUCCAUAGAGUUUGAUCCAGAAAAGACUAAAAUGAAGGAGGUGUUUGCAAAAUUUGGUGUGGAUGCAAACACUCAGAGCUUCACAGGACAUGCUCUAGCUCUUCAUCUCAAUGAUGAGUACGUGUUGAAUAUGUGAUGGUAACAUGAGUAUUUUACUUGGAAAAGCCGUGCUAUCUGCACUAUUAUUACUUGCUUGAACUGCAGCCUUUUAUUCAAUCACAUGUAUAUGUUAAUCCCUUAACCCUUCACUCCCAAGAUCUCAUCAGUAACUCUCCUAAUUGUUUUCCAUACAAUCCCUAUGAUGUUAGUUUGGAGAAAUCUGUAAUGGAUCAAUAGUUAACUCCUUCUGCAAGCUCUGUCUGGUAUCAGAAUGAGAAUUUUCAAUGAAAUUAUCUUUUGUCAUGCGUUCAGUUCCCCUGAUUUUCAAGGGAUUAUUAUGUUAACAAAUGUCAGUAACCUAGUUUUUCCUUCCAGUUAUUUGGAAGAACCUUGCAAGGAGACUUUAAUGAAGAUCAAGUUGUACAGGUUAGUAUACGUGCAUUUGUUUCUUAAUGGUUAUGUUCACUGAGAUAUAAUUUUCAAACUUCAAGUCUGCCUUACAGAAGAAAUGAUAGCUGGCCAGCCAUCACAAAGUCAAAAUUUUCUUGCAAGCCAUGCAAGGACAAUGGCUGAGCUGUUCCACUUUGAAAUACAGGCUGUGUAGCUGUUGUGAAUUAAUUUAGGUGUUGAACUUUCCUUGUACUUACCUCACUAAAAUAUAAAAAUAAAAAAUAGAAAAAAAUUGGUAGAGCACCUUUCCUUUACAUUAAGAUCAAUUUUUCCCUUCUCUUUCAAAUUUCAGUUACUCAUUAGCACAGUAUGGAAAGUCACCAUAUCUCUAUCCCUUAUAUGGCUUGGGAGAACUUCCACAGGGUUUUGCCCGCCUGAGUGCAAUAUACGGUGGAACAUACAUGCUGGAUAAGCCCAUAGAGGACAUCAAGUACGACGAGAAUGGCAGAGUUUGUGGUGUCACUUCACAGGGAGAAACUGCCAAGACAAAGAUGGUGAUCGGUGACCCCUCUUAUUUCCCUGACAAAGUGAAAAAGGAUGGCCAGGUGAGUCAGUUGCGAACUCUUUGAGAACCUUUUUGUUGCAACUCCAGUCUAAAUGCUUUGUAGUGGUUACCUAUCAAGUAUAGCCAUAGCAACAGAGGAAAGCAACAAUCUCCUCAAAAGCCAAAUAGUUGUUAACCCUUAGCUCCCAGAUGUGAUUAACAUGUCACUUCUCCCUAAACUAUCUAUAUAGUGUACAGCAAACAGGUAAAGAAUUCUCAAACUUAUCAGGUAGAAGUUGUCAAAUCUCUGGCACUCAAGAUGUAAGGAAACCUGGCCUCUUAAACUCUAAACAAUUUAAAUUCUGAAAAAUAAUAAGUCAAAUAGCACUGGCACCAGACCAGGGUUGGCAGUUAUGGGUUUAACAAUCAAAUCUUGGGAGUUAAAGGGUUAACUCCCAAACAGACCAAAAGUUUGAUCAGCAACCUUUGAAAUCUAGCAAAACAUGUAGCUUUGUUUUUUCUUUCAUAUGACAUUGUACACAGGUUGUUCGUUGCAUAUGCUUCAUGGAUCAUCCUGUUCCUAAGAUCAAAGAUUCUGCCUCUUGCCAAAUCAUCAUUCCUCAAAAUCAAGUGAGCAGGAAAUCAGGUAUGGAGAAAUGCAAUCAUGUAUGACAAGGUUUGGUUUAAAAACCAAAAUUUCAAGACUGCCAUAAAUUGAAAGGCUAAUAACUAAUGAGAAGGUCCCCCUUGAAUUUGUGAUAAUUUUUUCAAGGGUUAAAAGGCUUACAUUCCACAGUUUUCUCAAGUUUGGUCUUCGAUCUUCCUGAAAAGGACUUGUAGGGGUGAGUGCAGGCUCAUUUCCCAAACAGCAGCAGGAAUUGAGCUUAGAGACUGCCUGGAUUUUUGGUGUGUGACUUAUGUUUCAUUAGACAAACAUGAUGCAAAACCAGCUAGGACAAAAUAAAUUAUGAUUAUAAAUGAAUCAAAACUAAAACAAAAUUCAAGAAAGUGAUUGGUUAUCACCAGCCCAAGUUGAGCGCAUAUAGGACAUUGUAGGUGUCAUGAUUGUAAUUGGACAGUGUAAUGGGACAGUGUAAACAUCAUGCCUGUGUAAUUGGAUGGUACAUAUUGUGUACAUGUUCUUGUCACAACAGGACUUCUUCUUGUCAAACUGUCUGUAAUUUAUACUCAUGAUUAACAAAUUGGACUUCCCCUUCCCAGUUGUGCAGUUUUCUAAAUUGCUUGUAUGAUUACAGACCAAAUUGGACUCCACUCAGUCCCAUUACCAUUACUUAUUAUUAUUUAUUACUAUUUUUUCAUUGUUAAUUUUUUUCUUCCUUUAGAUAUCUAUAUUUGUGUUGUAUCAUAUGCACACAACGUGGCAGCCAAAAAUUACUACAUAGCUAUUGUCAGCACAACAGUGGAAACAGCCGAUCCAGAGGCAGAGCUGAAACCUGCUCUUGAUCUGCUGGGAAAUGUUAUAGAGAAGUAAGUUGAGUAGCACAGUGGUCAAAUGUUGGUCAUGGGGAUCAAUUUUGGCCAGCCAAGCACCAAUUUUUGUGCAAAAAUUCAAAAGAAUACUUAAGGAACAACUGCUGUGAUGCCAAAUAUGCAAAACAAAAAAACAAAAACGAAAAAAGGAAAAAGACAUUUAUAUGUUCAUGUUAAUAUUUAAAAGGAAGCAAAAGUAGGGAAAAGGAAAACUGGAGUCCUUCAUGUGCAAAUUUAAUUUAAUUGCUAGUUUCCUGUGGAUUUAUCAUUUUGUUUUAAGCUUUACUAAAAAUGCUGUAUGGUUUUCAGACACCACCACUUACUUGCUCAUGAGGUUGAUUAUAGGGCAGUUUGUUUUAUUAAAAGACACCCUGAAACAGGCCUGUAGCAUCUACAAAGUUUGCACAUGCAUAGACAUUUGACUGCUGUGUAAUGUUAAGUUUAUCUACACUGGGACUAAAAUUUAAAAAAAAAAUGAUUGAAAUCCAGCUUACCUUAUGGGACUACAACUUUAGGUACCUGAAAGUGCAGUAUGUAAAUUGCUCGGCUAGAAAAGCUGUCUGGUAUGGAAAAACCUCUUUUUUUUAAGCCAUGCUUGCAUAAUCCCUAAGGAGCAUAAGGAGGACAUAACUUGUAUCAAAUUAAUUAUUACAGUCUGUCUCUCCUAUUAAGAAAUGUACUUUUGAGUACCAUUGGUUUCUUACUUUGAUAUACAAUUCAACUGAGAAUUUUACAGCCAUGUAUACAUUAUUUGCAUGUGCUAAUGUCAGUGUGAAAGGACUUCUGUAUAUUGUAGAAUAAUCAAGUCUUCUCUGCUGUUAAUUCCAAACACAAAGUAGAUUUUGAUCAAUUUCAGUAUAAAAUAUUUCCAGUGACUUAAAAAAGUUUAAAAUUUUAUUUGUAGUUAAAUAUACUUGCAUGUUUGGAAAGACUCUACAAUUCUGGUGUGUUCUUUGCACCAUGAUUUUGAUAACAACCAUCAUGUCUUCUCUUAUCCUACAGAUUUGUGAAAGUCAGUGAUAUUUUAGUUCCCACUGAUGAUGGCAGUAAAUCUGGGGUAUGUUAACCUUUCUGAAUGUAUCUUUCUUGAUAGCAACCUUGCUUUCCUGAUAACAUUGCACAAGGUUUGACCCAGCUCAAUGUAACGCUCUGAUGAAGGGCAAACACUCAAAACGUCAGCUUUGAAACUCUUUACAGGAGCCAAUUUACAUUAUUAACCCUUUAACUCCUAGAUCAAAUGUGUAAUUCUCCUGACUAUCAACCAUUCAAUUCUUUUAAUGUUGGUUCAGAGAAUUUAGUAUUGGAUCAACUAAUUGAUAAUUUUCUUUAUUCUCAUCACUUAUCUGGUUGAUAUUGUAUGGAUGUUGUAAGGAGCAAUUCUGUCUUGAUCACUCAUGGGAGUUAAUAGGUUAACUCAGUUGAUAAAACCAAAUUAUUUUCCAACCUAACCCCUUCUUAUAUUAAGUUAUUUCUCUGAAUGAGGUUUUCUGUUAAGACUGGGCCAUGCUCCCCACAAAUGAUUAUUAUCAUUUCAUUUGUUUCUUACUCAGCAUACACUUUAACCCUUCAACUAUCAGAUCAAAUUUGUAAUUCUCCUUACUAUCAACCAUACAAUUCUUUUAAUUUUAGUUCCGAGAAAUUAGUAUUGGAUCAACUAAUUAUCCCCUAAUUGAUAUUUUUCUUUAUUCUCAUUACUUAUCUGGUUGACAUCAUACUGAUUUUGUAAGAAAGAAUCUUUUUUUUGAUCACUCAUGGGAGUUGAAGGGGAUAAGGGAAUGUUACCUGGCAAGAGUGUUUUUCCCCAAUUCAUGUAAGAAUUUGCUGAAGGAAAACAUGGUUAAGGUCUUUUUUAGCUAGUAAGCAUGUGUACAGAAAACAACGUGGUAGAAAUUCAAGAUGAAUAUAUAACUUGCUUGGAUUCAGCAUGAUUGUUAACUAAUUAUGCGUCUAUGUCUCUCAGCUUGUUCUUGUAAUAGAGGUUUCCCUGAAAUGAUUGACCUUCUGUUAAAUGAAUUUUGUCCUGGUUACUUUAAGGUUUUUAUCACAACCACCUAUGAUGCCACAACACACUUUCAAACAACUUGCAAGGAGAUUGUGGAUAUCUUCAAACGCUGCACAGGGGAAGAUCUUGACCUUUCAAGUGUGCGGGAAGAUCUGGAAGCUGCUCAAAGAGAAUAGAGAAUUUGGAAGCUUGCUGUGAAGUAAAGAGAAUUAUGAAAUAUUUGGACCUGAUGAAACCCAAUCAAAAUAUCAACCUAUGAUAUCUCAUUGUAGUUUGUAUUCAUUGUAAAAAUACCCUUCAUAGCUUGCUAGUGAAAGCCAAGCUUGGUAGACCUUUUCACCCUAAACAUUCACACAUUCUCCUUACUGGCUGCCAUAUACUUCCUUUCAUGUUGGUUUGAGAAGUUGGCGCCAGAGCAAGUCAUCAUCAUCUAACUGAUAGUCUUGUUUAACUCCCAUCAGUCAGUUACUUAACAGUAUUGUGACACUGUAAGGAGAAUUUGUAUACUGAUUGCUUCUGUGAGUGGAAAGGUUUACAACUGAUAGAGUUCUUAAAAUUGACAUUCCUUGUUUAUAUGAUUCAUGUGAUUUUUUACCCUUAAGCUUUGCUGGCAACCUCUUAGUCAAAACUCAUUUUUGUAACAACUUUCACCCUGUAGAUUGCCAUGGGUAUACACUUUUAGCACUGUUCUUUGCAAUCAGUGUAUAUCUGGAAGGAAUGAAAGUUAAAAAGACCAGCCUUCCUUCAUUGACCUUCCAGUUUCUGUUUUGCCAUUGUUUAGAGAAGGAACGCAUGGGAACGGAACAGUACGUUUACGAUUUCCUCUCACUCCUGAAUUGUUCUCUGAUCAUUUUCAUUAAUUUUUUUGCUAAUCUGUGAGACUUUUGUGCAAAUAAAUGGGUUUUAUAUGAUCCAUCUUGUGAGGAUCAACUGGAGGAAUGCGUGGGAUUUUCUUAGAUUUCCCCCCUCCCUCCCAAAAGCAAUGUCCAUGGUUAAGGCUGAUGCUUUGGGGCCUUUAGAAAUGUGUGAUAGAUAGAUAGGAGAUCAAGAUCAGCCUGUGCCUUUCAGUAUGUGCUAGUUUUGUCUGUCUCAGUGACACUAUGGCUGAAUAGUACAUUUUUUAGAAUGCUCAAAACAAGAUGAACCUGAGUUUUGACAAUCUGAUUGUCAAUUCGUCUUUCUAGCUGCUAGACACAUCCUUGUAA